GAUAAGAAAAUCACUCGAACUAUUAUAGCUUCGCGGGAAUUUCAGUAAUUUUAGUCUCUUACCAUUAUUCAUCGCCGACAGUUGGCUGUCUCGUUCCUUAAAUAACUUUUAAUCUUAACAGAAAAAAUCCCUCGAACGAUUUGCGUGGUUUCGAACGUCAUAAAAUGGGAUAAUCUUUAAUCGGCACACUCUUGUCGAUGGAAAUGAAAGUGACAGCCGCAAAAGUGAAAAGUUGUUCUCUGUGUAUGGAACCAUAAAUGCCACCGUUUUUAUCAGAGUCAAUAAGUUUUUGUGUCCUGUUAGUUAAGAGGAUCUUGUGAAUCAAUGAUAUCGAAUCCAGCAUGGCGGCCAUAAGUUUUUGCAAUAGGAAAUAUGUCCGUCUGUGGCCAGUGCUCAUACUGCUCAGUGUGGCACUUUUGCUGGUUUGGAGGAACCUGCAGCAGGCUCAGAAACUGGCCGCAUCUUCUAGAACCGGUGGGCACAAAUCAGUAGGACUUUUGCUGUCCAACGACUCGAAACCCGCAAGCCUUUCUGCAAACUUCCAUCUCGCCCAUGAUCAGCAUCCUAAAUUCAUACGGCGAGAGGAUUCCGCACGCACCAAGGAACUGCGAUCAUUGCUCAAGUGCCGCGACCGAUCGCUCCGUUUCCAAAGGCUUCAGCACGGAGAGUUCUGGCUGCUCCAGAAUCUUGUCAUGGGACGGAGGAGUCGGGAAGUCGGCUGUGCCGAGUCCGUGACGUACACCACCAACGGGGACUUUACGUUCUUCGAUAAUCUGGAAAUGGUGGUCUCACGUUGGCGUGCUCCAGUUAGUUUUGCGAUCCACACUCCGGGUUUUGAUCUUAACACCACUCUGGAUGCCAUUCGGUAUGUGCGAAACUGUUUGCCGGAGAGCGAUAGCAUCAAGGACUGGGUCUCCUUCCACGUGUACUUCCCAAAUCAGCACAUGCCUGACUACGUACCAUAUGACGAGGCCGAGGUCCUGUCGUAUCCGCACAUGUGCACCCUGGCCAAUGGAUCGCUGGUAUCGCCGCCCUACACACGAAUCCCAACCACGGAAAGCUAUAAGUCAAGGGCCAACCUCACGUACCCCAUCAAUGUGGGCAGGAAUAUAGCCAGGCUGGCGGCCAACACCCACUUCAUCUUCGCCUGCGACAUCGAGCUGUAUCCCAGUGUGGGCUUCGUCGACCAAUUCCUGGACAUGGUGGCCAGAAACCACAGUGUCCUUGCGCUGGAUCCGCGGCAGCGCAGAAGGGUGUAUCCUCUGCCCGUUUUCGAGAUCGAAACGGGUGUCCAAGUGCCGGCGGAUAAGGAUGAAUUGUUGACCCUCUAUCGGAAGCAGCAGGCACAGGUGUUCCAUCUGAAGCUUUGCCCCACAUGCCACACGAUUCCUGGCCAAGAAGAGUGGCUCAAUCGCAGCUCCCGAGCCGAUGACCAGCUGCACGUGUUCAGCAAGGCGUUGCGGAAAUGGAAGUUCCGAGCCUGGGAGCCCUUCUACGUAAGCGAUAACACGGAGCCACUGUUCGACGAACGCGUCACGUGGGAGGGUCAGUCGAACAAGCGCAUACAGGUGAGUUACUACUGUAGUCAAGUUUCCGUUUCACAGUGCAACAUUUUAUUGCAGAACUACGCUAUGUGCCUUUUGGACUACGAAUACCAUGUCUUGAGCCCUGCGUUUCUAGUGCACAGUCCUGGCAUCAAGCAAUCCAGCAAUGGUGACUCCACUCGUCUUCAAUACGCGAAAGAAAUGAGCAAAUUCAUUAAGAAUAAAAUCGAACCCGAAUAUCGUGUGCUCUUCGGAGAGAACUCAGCCUGCAAGACGUGACAUUACCUUGAUAAUGUAACCAAUAAUGUAACUAAUGAAUUUAUGACCCAUCUAAGUUAUGUCUUUAUAGGGAAAAGAGUCUAUAUAAAUAUGGUAUUACACUAUUUUAUUGAAAUACUAUGUAAGUACAUAUAUUUUGAACUUAAUGCUCACUGCUGGCUAUUCAUCAAUGUGAAAAUAUAUUAA